GUGGAUUGUGUUCGGGAUGGUUCUGCAGAACAGCGGUAAAUUCCGGUCGGAGCCCCGGGGGGACGGUGACAACCAGCAAGAAGAUGCUUCCUCAAGCUCCGCUGCCAAGAGACUGGAACGCAGUCAGUGGACAGAUAAAAUUGAUGCUCAAUAUGCCUUCGAGAGGAUUCGGGAGCCUGGAGAAAAAACAGGCUGGUUACUCAAUAUGCAUCCAACAGAAAUUCUGGAUGAAGACAAACGUCUAGUAAGCGCUGUGGACUACUACUUCAUACAGGAAGAUGGAAGCAGAUUUAAGGUUGCUUUACCAUACAAGCCUUAUUUCUACGUGGCGACAAAGAAGGGUUGUGAGAGGGAAGUCUCAUCCUUUCUUUCAAAGAAGUUCCAGGGAAAAUUGGCAAAACUGGAGACUUUUGCUAAGGAAGAUUUGGAUUUGCCAAAUCAUCUGGUAGGACUAAAAAGAAAUUAUAUCAAGCUAUCAUUCCAUUCUGUGGACGACCUGAUAAAAGUGAGAAAAGACAUCUCGCCAGCUGUGCGGAAGAACAAGGAGAGGGAUAAUGCCAGCGAUGCAUAUACAACCAUGCUCUCGAGUGCUUUGACUGGAAACAGCUUCGCCCCUGAAGAGGAAGGCCCAUCCAAAAAGAUAUCUGAUCAGAUGGAGAACUUAAUUGAUAUACGAGAAUAUGAUGUCCCCUACCAUGUACGCCUUUCUAUAGAUCUCAAAAUACAUGUGGCUCACUGGUACAAUGUGCGGUAUCGUGGAAGUUCAUCACCCCCAGAUAUCACAAGGCGGGAUGAUCUUGUAGAAAGGCCGGAUCCUGUGGUCUUGGCAUUUGACAUUGAAACCACAAAACUACCUCUGAAGUUUCCAGAUGCUGAAACUGACCAAAUUAUGAUGAUCUCCUAUAUGAUCGAUGGGCAGGGUUAUUUAAUUACAAACAGGGAGAUUGUUUCCGAAGAUAUUGAAGACUUUGAGUUCACUCCAAAACCAGAAUACGAGGGACCCUUCUGUAUCUUCAAUGAGCCAGAUGAGGCACACCUUAUACAGCGUUGGUUUGAGCACGUUCAGGAAACAAAGCCAAGUAUAAUUGUAACUUACAAUGGGGACUUUUUUGACUGGCCUUUUGUGGAGACUCGGGCUACAGUUCAUGGGAUGAGCAUGCUUCAAGAGAUUGGCUUUCAGAAGGAUAGUCAAGGGGAGUACAAGUCACCAUCAUGUAUCCACAUGGAUUGUCUCAGGUGGGUGAGGAGAGAUAGUUACUUGCCUGUUGGAAGCCACAAUCUAAAGGCAGCUGCAAAAGCAAAACUGGGUUAUGACCCAGUUGAGCUGGACCCAGAGGAGAUGUGUCGGAUGGCGACUGAGGAGCCACAGGUACUAGCCACAUACUCUGUGUCUGAUGCCGUUGCCACAUAUUACAUGUACAUGAAGUAUGUCCAUCCAUUCAUCUUUGCUCUCUGCACAAUCAUCCCUAUGGAGCCUGAUGAGGUGCUGAGGAAGGGUUCUGGAACCCUCUGUGAGGCAUUGUUGAUGGUCCAGGCUUACCACGCUAACAUAAUAUUUCCCAAUAAACAAGAGACCGUAUUCAAUAAAUUGACUGGUGAUGGUCAUGUACUGGACUCCGAAACUUAUGUGGGUGGACACGUGGAGGCUCUCGAGUCCGGAGUAUUCCGCAGUGACAUUCCCUGCCGCUUCAAAAUGAAUCCAGCUGCCUUCGACUUCCUGCUUCAGCGUGUGGAGCUAACACUGCGUCAUGCCAUUGAAGAGGAAGAGGCAAUCCCUCUCGAACAAGUCACUAACUUCCAAGAGGUCUGUGAUGAAAUUAAGAAGAAGCUUACAUCUCUAAAGGAGGUUCCAAAUAGAAUUGAAUGCCCCCUUAUUUACCAUCUUGAUGUGGGAGCUAUGUAUCCCAACAUCAUCCUCACUAAUCGUCUACAGCCUUCUGCUAUGGUUGAUGAAGCGACAUGUGCUGCUUGUGACUUCAACAAACCAGGAGCCACCUGUCAGAGGCAAAUGACGUGGAAGUGGAGAGGGGAAUUUAUGCCAGCUAGUCGCAGUGAGUAUCAUCGGAUACAGCAGCAGCUAGAAUCUGAGAAAUUUCCUCCACUCUUCCCCGGAAACCCACCCAGAGCUUUUCAUAACCUGAACAGAGAAGAGCAGGCCAAGUAUGAAAAGAAGCGACUUGCAGACUAUUGCAGAAAAGCCUACAAGAAGAUCCAUGUAACAAGAUUAGAAGAUCGCGUAACCACCAUUUGCCAGCGGGAGAACUCCUUUUAUGUAGAUACUGUGCGAGCUUUUAGAGACCGCAGAUAUGAGUUCAAGGGACUGCACAAGGUGUGGAAAAAGAAAUUGUCUGCUGCGUUUGAGAGUGGAGAUGCUGCUGAAGUGAAGAGAUGCAAGAACAUGGAGAUUCUUUAUGAAUCGCUACAGCUGGCUCACAAGUGCAUCCUCAACUCCUUCUAUGGAUAUGUCAUGCGAAAAGGGGCUCGAUGGUAUUCUAUGGAAAUGGCUGGUAUUGUGUGUUAUACAGGUGCUAAUAUUAUCACCCAGGCUCGAGAGCUGGUUGAACAAAUUGGGAGACCACUUGAGCUGGACACAGAUGGGAUCUGGUGUGUUUUGCCAAACAGCUUUCCUGAGAACUUUGUUAUCAAAUCCACAAAUGCCAAAAAGCCAAAAGUGACAAUAUCCUACCCUGGCGCAAUGCUCAAUAUCUUGGUGAAGGAAGGCUUUACAAACCAUCAGUACCAGGAACUUGUUGACCCAGCUAAUCUGACCUAUGUAACUCGCUCUGAGAAUAGCAUAUUCUUUGAGGUUGAUGGACCAUAUCUAGCCAUGAUACUACCAGCAUCCAAAGAGGAAGGGAAAAAGCUGAAGAAGAGAUAUGCAGUUUUUAAUGAAGAUGGCUCACUUGCUGAGCUCAAAGGUUUUGAGGUGAAACGUCGAGGUGAGCUGCAGCUAAUCAAGAUAUUCCAGUCGUCUGUGUUUGAAGCUUUCUUGAAGGGCAGUACACUAGAAGAAGUUUAUGCAUCAGUAGCUAAAGUUGCAGAUUACUGGCUGGAUGUUUUGUAUAGCAAGGCUGCCAACAUGCCAGACUCAGAGUUGUUUGAGUUGAUCUCCGAGAAUCGCUCCAUGUCCAGGCGCCUAGAGGAUUAUGGAGAGCAAAAAUCCACUUCAAUCAGUACUGCUAAACGUCUAGCAGAGUUUUUAGGAGACCAGAUGGUGAAGGAUGCUGGACUCAGUUGUCGUUAUAUUAUAUCUCGCAAACCUGAAGGGUCUCCUGUAACAGAGAGAGCCAUUCCACUUGCAAUAUUUCAAGCUGAGAUGGGAGUGAAGAGACAUUACCUGCGCAAAUGGCUGAAAAAUCCAUCCCUGCAAGACCUAGACAUCCGUACGAUUCUAGAUUGGGAUUAUUACAUUGAGCGACUAGGCAGUGCUAUCCAGAAGAUCAUUACUAUUCCUGCAGCAUUACAACAGGUGAAGAAUCCUGUCCCCCGCGUGAGACACCCAGACUGGCUCCAUAAGAAGUUGCUUGAGAAGAAUGACAUCUACAAGCAGAAGAGAAUUAAUGAAUUGUUCACUGUUGAGGGCAAGAAACAGGUUUCUCAGAUCCAGGUGAUGGAUCCCUCUCAGACUCCAGAUAUUGAGGAUAUUGGCGUUAGUAAACGCCUUCAGCCUGCCAUUCCUAUAAGUACAAAAAGGAAACGUAUACCAGCAACCGAGGAGAGCCAGGGUGACUCCCAGGAUGUGGCACUUACACAGUCUUGGAGAGAAGUCCUGGGUCCCCCUCCUCCUCUGGGUACCACAACAGAAGAGAGACUUCUCUGGUUGCGUUACCACAAGAAAAAGUGGGAGCUACAGGCACGUCAGCGCAAAGAGCGUCAGAAGAAGCGUCGUUUAGAGGAUGGAGAUGCAGCUCCUGGAGCAGGAAGUAUAGUCCGGGAAACCCAAGCUGCUGGGUUAGGCAACUUCCUGCGUAGAACGGCUUGCAGCAUUCUUGACAUGCCCUGGCAGAUUGUGCAGAUUGGAGAUAGUAGCCAACCAGGUAUCUUCCGCUUGUGGGCUGUGAUUGGCAGCGACUUGCACUGUAUCAAGAUCAAUAUACCACGCAUUUUCUUUGUAAAUCAACGUGUGUCCAAAACCGAGGAGGGGGCAGUGUACAGAAAGGUAAACAGAAUCCUACCUCGCUCCAAUCCAGUGUACCAUCUGUAUGAAUAUUCCGUGCCUGAAGAGAUGUACCAGGAGCACAUCAAUGAAAUCAAUGCUGACCUGUCUGCCCCUGACAUUGAAGGAGUGUAUGAGACUCAGGUUCCCUUGCUGCUGCGGGCCGUGAUCCAACUUGGAUGUGUGUGCAUGGUGAAUAAGCAGAUGGUUCGGCACUAUUCUGGAAGAGAAACGGACACAUUUGAGCUGGAUUGCUUGGAAAUGAAGUCAUUGGCACAGUACAGCUACUUAGAGCCAGGAAGUAUCCGUCAUAUUUACUUAUACCACAAUUCUCAAGGGCACAAAGCACUUUUUGGACUGUUUAUACCAUCGCAGAGAAAAGCUGCUGUGUUUGUAGUGGACACGGUUCGAAGUAAUCAGAUGCCAAACCUUGGCAAUAUGUAUACCAGUGAACAUACUGCAAUGCAAGAGAAAGUUGAUCCUGAGCUUUUACCUCCAGAGAAACAUGUGUUUGAGGUUCGAGCAGAGACGGACUUGAAAACUGUCUACAGGGCUAUCCAAAGACUGCUUUUAAGCUAUAAGGAUGAGAGACGUGGCCCAACCUUGAUUGCAGUACAGUCUAACUGGCCUUUAAAGAGGCUGACAAGUGGAAUGCCUGUUUUGGAAGAGUUCCCGCUCGUGCCAGUGCGUGUGACAGAUGACAUAAACUAUAAUGUCCUGGAUUGGCAGCGGCAUGGUGCUCGUCGAAUGAUCCGCCAUUAUCUUAAUUUGGACAGCUGUCUGUCACAGGCUUUUGAGAUGGCCAGAUAUUACCAUCUUCCUGUGGGUAACUUGCCUGACGAUGUGUCUACAUUUGGCUCAGACCUGUUCUUUGCAAGGCAUCUUAAACGUCACAAUCACCUCCUGUGGCUUUCCCCAGGCUCCCGACCUGACCUUGGGGGCAAAGAGGCAGAUGACAACCGGCUAGUUAUGGAGUUCGAUGAGAGGGCAUGUGUGGAAAUCAACAACUCGGGGUGCUACAAUACUGUUUGUGUGGAGCUGGAUAUUCAGAGCCUGGCUGUAAACAGUAUCUUGCAGUCACAUCACAUUAAUGACCUGGAAGGAGCUGGCAGUAUAGGCAUCAGCUUUGAUGUGUUGCAGCAGGCAUCUCUCGAAGAUAUGGUUACUGGGAACCCAGCCACUGCUGUUGCUAGUUAUGAUGAGACAGCUCUUUGCUCGAACACCUUCAGGAUUUUGAAGAGCAUGGUGGUGGGUUGGGUGAAGGAGAUUACUCAGUACCACAAUGUCUAUGCAGACAAUCAAGUUAUGCACUUUUACCGAUGGCUGCGAACUCCAUCCUCACUUCUUUAUGACCCGGCUCUUCACCGAACUCUCCACAACAUGAUGAAGAAAUUGUUCCUACAGUUGGUUGCCGAAUUUAAACGUCUAGGCUCCUCUGUGAUUUAUGCCAACUUCAACCGCAUUAUCCUGUGCACAAAGAAACGCCGGGUAGAAGAUGCUGUAGCCUAUGUUGAAUAUAUUACUCAAAGCAUUCACUCCAAGGAGAUCUUUCAUUCCCUCACCAUCUCAUUUUCACGCUGUUGGGAGUUUCUUCUGUGGAUGGACCCUGCUAAUUAUGGUGGUAUUAAAGGCAAACUUCCUUCUAGUGUGCACUAUGGAGAGAGUGAGAAGAAGAAAUCUCAGGAUAAUGAAGAGGAAGGCAGUGAGGAGGAUGAGGAGGAAGAAGAAGCAGCAGAUGGCCAUUCGGAUAAUGAACAGUCAGAGGACCAGGUUGAGGAAUGCUUGGAAAACAGCUGGAAUAUUGUGCAAUAUCUGCCUCAGGCAGCCUCAUGUCAGAGUUAUUUCCUGAUGAUCAUUUCAGCUUACAUUGUGGCUGUCUACCAUAGCAUGCGGGAGGAGAUGAGACGAAAUGCUCCCGGUACUACUCCAAUCAAGCGCAGGCAAAAUAGCCAAGUGUCUCAAGAGGCAGUACGGGAAACUGGGGCCAUGCCAGGUCUAAUCACUUUUUCACAGGACUAUGUAGCAAAUGAGCUGACACAAAACUUCUUCACAAUCACACAAAAGAUACAGAAAAAAGUUACAGGGACUCGCAAUGUCACUGAGCCCUCUGAAAUGUUCCCCGUCUUACCUGGUUCCCAUUUGCUCCUGAACAAUCCUGCACUGGAGUUUAUAAAAUAUGUUUGUGAGGUCCUUUCUUUGGAUUCCAAUGUAACCAACCAGGUCAACAAGCUGAAGAGAGAUCUCUUGCGGUUAAUUGACGUGGGGGAGUUCUCAGAGGAUGCACAGUUUAGAGAUCCCUGUCGCUCUUACAUCCUUCCUGAGAUCAUUUGCCGAAACUGUAAUUUCUGCCGUGACCUUGACUUGUGCAAAGAUCCUUUACUCAGUCAGGAUGGGUCUGUGCUGCCACAGUGGAUCUGUUCAAACUGCCAGGCUGAGUAUGACACUGACAACAUUGAGAUGUCACUGGUGGAAGCUCUGCAGAAGAAGAUGAUGGCUUUUAUGCUGCAGGAUUUGGUAUGUUUAAAAUGUAAAGGAGUGAAAGAAGCGAACAUGCCUGUGUACUGCAGCUGUGCUGGCGACUUUAGCCUCACAAUUUCAAUCAAGAUUCUCAAGGAACAGGUGGAUGCUUUUCGGAAUAUUGCUCAGCAUUACCAAAUGCAGCACCUUCUGGAUACGAUUAACUGGCUGAUGCAACAAAAUUCUCACUUUUCUAAAUGAUCCCAUACAAAGCUAUGGUUUUUCAAGGCCCUCUAUUCUUUGCUCUGGGGGCCUGGUCAGUAUCUGACCCUUUCUGUGAUUGUU